CAUUACAAAUGUGAUACAGUAUAGUCUGGCUUCGUCAAAUCUAUAGUACGUUUCGUGAACUUGAUUCUCAAUUGUGCUGAAAAAUUUCGAGUAGGUACGUUGCAGUUCUGUGUACGAGCACAUAAGCAUUUCAAAAGAACCAAUAAUUAGGUCGAAAAAAAAAACACAGACCGAACUAAAAGCCUCUAUAUUAUUUUUGCGGUUCGCAGAUAAAUUAAACUUCAGACUGACAAUGAAUAAAUCAUUUUUGCUGAUUUUUUCCACUGGUUUAAUUUCGAUUCACCUCGUCUCAGUCAUAAUAGCUUCAUCAACGCCAUCAAAUCAAGCACAAUCAGAUGCCACUUCGAGUACAGAUCACACACUUUCACAACCACCAACUGAUCCCUCCACAGAAACACCUCCGAAAACUCACCAGAACUCUCAAAAUGACGACCCUCUUCUUAUACCUUCACUAACCUGUAUCCUUUUCGAAGACUUCGGCUGCAAAACACAAUGCUCGAUUGUAGAAGAAAUACGCGGAUUUAAAAAAACAACGGGAUCUUGCAGCGAUAAAGUAUGCUCUUGCUUAACCGUAGAGCUCACCUUGAGCCAGCUAUGGAAUAAGAAAUUCGAAUCGAGUCAACUCCUCUUGGAAAUCGAAAAAGAUAAAGAUCUCUACAACGAAGUCUAUCAAAAACUACGAGAUCCCUCUCGAACACCAGAGCAAUCAGAUUCAGAUUUGGAAUCCGUUUUACCCAAAUCCAUGUACGAAGAACUUGUUUUGAAAAAAGUAGAAUCAAAAAUUAACCUGAAACCGGACCCAGAACGUUUGCAGGUCAGAGUCGAUGAACUUUUCAAGCCUAUGAUGGAAAAUACACUGUCCAGUGAAUUAGCAGCAAUAGAUUAUUCGAAAUUAUUGCGAGAGUAUUUAGAAAAUAAUAAAAAUAACCCAAGCAUUCAGAAAGUCUUUCGUCAAAUUCGUGAAACGGAGAAUGCAAUUUUGGAAGGAAUUCUCGAUGAGUUCUUAGCCAAACAUAAAGAUAUCGAAGAAAAUGCUGAUUUAAAAAAUGCCGAAAAACGAUCACAAAAGGUUCGUCAAGAAGAUCUUACUCCUAGACAAGUGAUGACUAAUAUAAUUAUCAACGAGCUGAUUAAGAGACUUGGAAAACCUGAGUUGCCUGAAACUGAAGUGGAUACGGAUGAUCGAGCAACAAUGUCACCAGAAAAUUGAACUGAAUCGACUGGACAUUGAUUUAGAAUGGAAUUUUGUUUGCAGUGCAGAAUAUUGAUUCCUAGAUCGUAAAUUAUUAAUUAUUUAUCGAGAUAAAUUUACAAUUUUACUCAAUUUCAAAAUAUAAUUUUGAAAAAUUUA